CGCACGCGACAGCUGAGCGAUGGCCCGGACGGCCAAACAUGUAGUGAAGCGAGGACACAGUGUUCGCAAGGCCAUGACCAAGCUACGCAAGGCCAUCACUGCGCAUGCAUCUGCUCUAUCUGCUGCUGCUCGGCUUGAUACAGAUCUCAUCAAUGUCAUCACCAUCGCCAUGGACUCGGCUCACGAUCAGUUCGAUGCUGAUGAUCAAGAGAGCCAGCAUGAGGCUUAUGACGCGACUCGGGCAACUCGCUCGACCGACUCGCAGGGAAGACUGCUUGACGAUGUCAAUGCUGGUCUCGCUCACAUCGCGGCGGUGCUCGAUGAUGCGAGCGCGAGAAAGACGUCUGAGGCGCAGGUCUUUGCAACCGCCCUGGUGGGACGGGUCGAGUCGCUGCUGACAGCUCUGGACGAGGCACAGGUUCGCCACAAAGCUCUGCUUGACGAUCGAUACAAGGCGCUCAACUCGCGAGUCGUCUCGUUUGUCAAGGAGGCGACCAAGGCGAGGAAGCGACUCGCCCGGUUUGUGCGCAAGUACGGUUCGGAUCCGGAGGAGCUCAACACUCGCCGUGUUGCGUACGAAGAUCUGGUUGUUGACACCAUCCACACCGAGCAGAACAUGUUGUAUGCCGCCAAGCAGGCACAGGAGUUUGCUGCCAAGCUCCUGCGCUCCGCCAUUGUUGCCAUUCGCUCGAUCUUUACCGGCUUUGUCGACGGCCUCCACGCCUACCUCGUCACCGUUCGUGGCGUCCAUCUUGCUUCGGCCGAGGCCCUCGCCCGCUCUUUCCCCGAGUGGGAGUACCUAACGCUUGCUGCCCACGUCCUCCCGCCUUCGGCUGAAGCCGCCAUCUCCGAUCCGGUCUCCACCGCCCAGCUCUUGCCGAGCGGGCUCGACACCCUUGUCGAAGCCGCCUUCCCAGGUGUCCUCAUUGAGCCAAGCUCACUCUCUACCCAGGCUGCACUCUCGACUGCCGAGGCCGAGAUCGACGCUACUGACGAUGUCGACGCCGAGGCCGAGGCCGAGGCCGGCGCCACCGACGAUGUCGACGAGACCUGGGACUCGACUACGUCUGCGCUGGCCGAGCCGGUCGAGGAUUUGCUCGAGGGCGCCGCGCUACCGGACCUUGGCCCGGCCAGCGCCUCGUCGACCGAUCGCAUCCUUCAUCUCCCGCUCUUCCAGCCCGUCACCAUGCUGUAUGACUACACAGCCAUGACCGCCGAUGAGCUCUCGUUCGCAGCCGGCGAGAUCCUCAUGUGGAACGGCGCCGAGUCGUCUGGCUGGGGCUAUGCCAUGCGCCCGGCAACUGCUGCAGAGGGCUUCUUUCCGCUCAACUACGCAGACUCGGCCGCCCUUCGCGCGCUGCCCACACCUCCGCCCAUGCCCGCUUCUCGCCAGGCCUUUCCAGCCCAUCCACAAGUUUUUAUCUUUCCCGACCACGAUGCCGACCGCGAUGCCGACCGCGCCGGCCCGUCGGCAUCGACGGCAUCGACCACGCCGGCUGCCAGCGGCGGCGCCACCCCGCCGCCGCUGUACUCGGCCAUGUUUCCCAGCGGCCCACGUGGCUCGGCCGCCGCCGCCUCGCUGCCGCCGCUUGAGAUCCCGCAGGGCAUGGCGGUUGCUGAAGGUGUGCCGAGCACCCCGCCGGUCCUCAACACCCGUGCAGAACUCCUCCGCGACAUCCGCGCCCAGCGUCUCGGCCGUGUUGUCCUCCGCGCGCCGGCUGAGCCUGCCGAUGAGGCCGCCAGCGUCGAAGACGUCACGCCUGACACCAUUGCUGCACCGACCCGCGGCGAUCUUCUUGCACAGAUCCGCAACGGGGCUGCUCUCCGCCGCACUCAUGCUCCGGCAAGGGUAGCCGCUUCGUCAUCAACAACAUCCUCCCUCUUGCAAGACCUUCGCGUCGCUGCUCGGGAUCGCCGCCGCGAGGCUAUUACUCGGCAACUGCAAGAUCAUGUCGGCGCCUCAUCAAGCAGGCAUUACGACUAUCUGCAGCGUAACAGCCUUCCGUCGUGGUCGUCAUCUGAUGACGAGUCGUGGUAGGUUUCACCGGCCACCCGUCCCCCCGCUUGUAAGAGUUGCCCCUACCCUGACAGUCCGAUCAUGACGCUACAACCUGAUCUCCCGUGCAUCAUCACCUCACCGACCAGCCACUCGCACAUGCGCGCGCACGGCACACGUGCACGCGAUGCAAACCUCAACAAACCACUCUCGCC